UCACGGCGGCCAUGGCGGCCAUGGCGGGGUACGCGCGGCUCGGGGCCGCCGGCAGCGCGCCCCUCCUGGGGCUGGGCACAUGGAAGUCCCCCCCAGGUAAGGUCGCAGCUGCGGUGAUGGCUGCCAUCGAUGCCGGGUACCGCCACUUCGACUGUGCCUACGUGUACCAGAAUGAGAACGAAGUUGGGGAAGGGAUCCAGCAGAAAAUCAAGGAAGGUGUUGUGAAACGAGAGGACCUCUUCGUAGUCAGUAAGCUGUGGUGCACCUUUCAUGAGAAGCGUCUGGUGAAGGGAGCCUGCCAGAAGACUCUUGCAGACUUGAAGCUGGAUUACCUGGAUCUCUACCUUGUCCACUGGCCUUUUGGCUUCAAGGCAGGAGAGGAGCUGUUCCCUGUAGAUGACAAAGGGAUGGCUAUCCCCAGCAGCACUGAUAUUCUAGAGACGUGGGAGGCCAUGGAGGAGCUGGUGGAUGCUGGCCUGGUCAAAGCCAUUGGAAUCUCCAACUUCAACCGCGAGCAGACUGAAAGAAUCUUGAACAAGCCAGGGCUGAAACACAAGCCUGCAAAUAACCAGGUUGAGUGUCAUCCAUACCUUUCCCAGGAGAAGCUGAUUGACUACUGCCACUCCAAAGGGAUCACUGUGACAGCAUACUGUCCCCUUGGACGUCCUGACGGUUCUAAGCCAGAGGCACCGUCCCUUCUGGAUGACCCCAAGGUCAAGGAGAUUGCAGCCAAGCACAACAAGACCCCAGCACAGGUUCUCCUUCGCUUCCAGAUCCAGAGAAAUGUGAUUGUGAUUCCCAAAUCUGUCACCCCACAGCGCAUUGUGGAGAACUUCCAGGUGUUUGACUUUGAACUGACUAAAGAGGAGAUGGCAACCCUUCUCAGCUUAAACAGAAACUGGAGGAUCUGUGAAAUGAUCACGUGCAAAAAUCACAAGGAGUACCCUUUCAAUGCAGAAUACUGAAGAUGGUUGUUUUUCUACCCUCUCUCAGGCCUCUAGGGUCUAAUAAGCUUCUACCAUUGCCUCAAAUUGUGCACUAUGUAGCUUACACACUGUAUCCCUCCUGCCAGCAAAGGCACAGGAUAUGUGUUCAGUGACUUUGGGUUUUUUCCUUUGGUGGAAGGAAACAGUACAGUUGUUCUGAAGAAUAAAAUAUGGGCUAUGAUAAUUCUCAUUA